UCAAAUUUAUAUUCACUCUAAGCUGUGAACCAAAUCAUUUUAUUAACUAUACGUAGUUCGUAGAGCAUUAUAUUAUUCAUCGCUCCGCUCAGAAUCUAUAAAUAAUAUACAAGUUAUGAUAACAUUUCCAAGUAGAUACUAAGUAGUUACAAUUUAUACCUAUUAAUGAGUUAAGAGAAAAAACAAAUAUCAACAAUAAUGCUUAAAUUCCUUGAAGAUUGUUAAAAUACAGAGCAUCGAAUUAAAUUUAUUUUGUUUCCGUGGAAUCUUGUUGUCAUGUGAAAGUGUAUUUCUUAUAAUAAAUUUUAUCUAAUAAAAUAAAUUUAGGUAAUACUGUACUCUAUAAUUUUCAUUAGUCUAUUAUAGUAAACCUAUCUACAUAGAAAUAUAUACCUCAUAAAUAAUAUACUAAGCAAUUAUAGCUUAUAUAUUUAAAUUUCCGUAAUUAUAUUAUAAAAGUUAUAAAACAUAAAAAAUGAGUAUUGUUGAUGAGGAAAGUAAAACCGAUAAAUUGAAAAUUGAACUGUUAGAGCUCCAGGAGAAUGUUAAUUUGAAAAUGACUCAACAAUUGUUCUUGCGCGACAUUAUGGAAGUAAAUUACCAUCGAAUGACGGAAAAAUGUGAUGUGUAUGAGAAGGAAUUAGAAAAGAUUCGCUCGGAAAAUACACGUUACAAGUUCGCAGAACAAUGUUUGAAAAAUAAAGUUAUAGAAUUAACCGGUUGCGAGUUCGCAAAAAGUUCAACCGGCUCCGACAAAGACGAUGCUGAAACAUCUUUACAAUUGGAAGUGUGUAGUAACAAACUGCUGGCAGAAUUGAAGAGGUACAGGGACCAGGCCGAGGUGGCGUCCAGAGACUUGGUGGGUGCCAAAGACCAGCUGACCAAAGCGUCGGAGAUGGAAGAACAUCUGAAGCGGUGCGCGGCCAGCUUGACGGUGCUCGCCGAAGCGGACCAGACGAAGCGGGACCGCGAGGAAAUGGAGUUGCGGACGAUGGCCAAACGGCUGUCGGCCGAGCUGGGUGACGCGCAGUGCGACUUGGGUCGAAUGCGGACGGUCGUGGAAGAUAUGUCGGACGUGGUAACGGGAAACAAGCCGGCGCCGAUCACGUGCAGUGGCGAAGGGCUGCGCGAGGAAAAAUACCGGUUGCAAGCCGAACUGGAAGCCAACUUGGCGGAAGAGGCCGCGCUGCACGCCAGGGUCGCCAAGCUGGAGACGGCGCUGCGGCAAUGUCACUUGCGUGUGGACGCGAAGUCCCGGGACAGGCAGUGCGCCGGCGGUGGAGUGUUGCGGGACCGACCCACCACGUCCCUGUCACAGCGACGCCCGCAGCCUCGGGACAACGAUAACAAGACGGUCACCUUGCCGGUCUCCGAACCAGACUACUACGAAACGUUACCACUGCCGCCGCAUUUAAUAAAAAUAAUGAAAAAAUACGGAAAUCCGAGUAGUCGCCAAUACUAUGAACUUGAAGGGACCACCUGUUCGCCGACCGCGGCGGUGCACUUUUUACAGGAGGAAAGACCGACGGACGAUUGA